CCCGCCCGUCCAGCCGCCCGCGCACGCCCCUCCUCCCUCUUCGGGCUUUCAAGCUGCCCUCGGGCCACCCCGCCCCGCGAACAUGUUGAUCAUCCUUGCCUUCAUCAUCAUUUUCCACAUCGUCUCCGCAGCGCUGCUCUUUACCUCCACCAUAGACAACGCCUGGUGGGUAGGAGAAGGCUUCUCCGCGGACGUCUGGCGAGUGUGUCCCAACAACACGAACUGUACAGAAAUUGGUGAAGGGUAUGAAGGUUAUGCCACCAUGCAGGCGGUUCAGGCCACCAUGAUCCUGUCCACCAUCCUGUGCUGCAUUUCCUUCCUCAUCUUCCUGCUCCAGCUCUUCCGCCUCAAGCAGGGAGAGAGAUUUGUCCUAACCUCCAUCAUCCAACUUAUGUCCUGUCUGUGCGUCAUGAUCGGGGCUUCCAUUUACACGGACCGGCGCCAGGACAUCCACAGAGGCAACUCAUGGCUGUACCACCCUCUGUCGGAGGGCAGCUACGGCUACUCCUUCAUCCUGGCCUGGGUAGCUUUCUCCUUCACCUUCGUCAGCGGCCUGAUGUACCUGAUCCUGAGGAAACGCAAAUAGGUUCGGGGAGCCGGGCUGCUCUCCCCACCGUGCAGCAUCCUCAUUCACAUAACCAUUUUGUAUAUAAUCAAUUUUUUUUUGUGGUUUUUCUAGCAAACAUAUUGUUUCCUUUAAAGGCUAAAAAAAGAAAAAGAAAAAAAGGGGGGGGGGAGAGAGAGAGGUUUUUGCAUUCUUGAGGUCAACGAGGGCUGGUACUCAGAACUCCUGCCCACCCAAACGCCCCAGCAAGGCAAAGUCAAGUCCACUGGUGCUGAAAUCGAGUAGGUCUGUUUCUUCCCCCCAACGGAGCUGGGCUGGGGUGUGGCUGGAGGAGAAAGCUGGCUCUCUGGGGACAAGCCCCCUGUAGGUUUCUGCCCCGCCCCGCCUCCCCUUUUCAUAAGGCUCCCACAGCAGGUGGGGUAAGGAAGGGCCCAGGUCCUCAGGUGUUGACCCCGAGUUCCGGUGAGCCACAGGGGUCUGUCAAUUAGCGCAUCAAGAGCCCCGACCCCGUGCGGUGGGCUAGGUCACCACUCAGACUUUGCUGACAGUCUCCUUCCUGUCUUGGGAGAAGUGAUCACUAACCCAGGUGUCAGAUUUAGGCGAAGCAUUUCCACAAGGGAAGCCUUAGGGCAUCUUUUAGAUGUCGCCUGCCAGUCCCGUUCUGCAGACCCUGGACACCCCUGCCCUGCCCCGGAGUCUGCCUUUCUGACACACUUCUUGGAAGAUGCUUAGGCACAUUAAAGUAGUAGGGGACCACAGUCCCAGAGCCAGGGAAGCAGAGCCACCCCAUAAAUGUGAGCAGGGCUCAUCGAGUCUAGAUAGCCCCACUGAGGGCCACACCUUGGCCUGGCCACUCUCCCUGUCUCUUCUGUAGCUGUUUACAUCUGGGCCUCCUGGGCACCCCGCUCACAGGCCAUGUGCCUCCACAGCCAGACACCUUGGAGGCAGAGACUGUGUGGCCUUCCUCCUGUUCUUUCUCGAAGGCCUUUCCUUUCUCUUCUUGCCCUGUACUCUAAGGUGGACUGGUUCCAUUAACCUCUCUAGCCUCAGAAGAUCCAUCCAUCCAUCCAUCCACAUGAAUGAUAUGAUGCUUGCCACCUGACAGAUGUAAGGGAACCCCCUCAAGACCCUCUCUUUCAGCCGGGCGUGGUGGCGCACACCUUUCUUUAGUCCAGCACUCAGGAGGCAGAGGUAGGAGGAUCUCCAUGAGUUCGAGGCCAACCUGAGACUACAUAGUGAAUUCCAGGUCAGCCUGGGCUGGAGUGAGACACUACCUCAACAAAACAAAGUCUCUUUCUUCAGGUUGGUUAGGGAGGGCGGGUGUCACUGUCUAUCGGAGCAUCCAGACUAGAAACCAGUUGGAAGAACUACUUACCAACUGUGAUGAGCUGUUGAUGACUACAACGGGAGAUUCCAAACAGGUCCCCAGGGCAGGAGAGAGCCUGUGUUCUGCACGCCUGUUUUUACAUGCUCCGAGACAUUUAGAUUGCUCUAAGUAUAGCUCUACUCAGCUUUGUCAGGUGGUGGCUGCGACCACUGACCAUCUGGGCUCCACCCAGGGGGUCCCGUGGUGCCCACAGUAAGUGAGGCAGAAGAGAAGCAAGAGCCAUCCAUGAUAGCCUUCUGUGGGCAUCAAGGGAGAAUCUGGCCAGGCAGGCCUGGGUGAAACAGCCCCCCAGGCGACUUGGAAGUGAUCCCAAGGAACAUGGCUAUGGGGAGAUCGCCUUUAGGCGUCUUCAGAGACCCGAACUGAGCUCCACACGAAGACCUGGGAACUCCCUGGGACAUAGCAUGUGUGUUUUGAGUAUCAUGCUGGAGCAGUGGCCCUGGGACUUUGUGCUUUUUAAAUACUUCUGCACUUGACCUUUUGCCAAGGGGAGGGAUGUCUGCUACUAGCUCAGUUCCAUGGAGCUGGUCUGAAUGUUUUAGGGUCACCAUAGACCCCUCUCCAGUGCAGGAUGGGGCCCUCCUGUCCUUCCUCCCUCCCUCCUUCCCUUCCUCUAUUCAUUUAUUUGGUAUUGAUCGCUUCCCCUUGUUCCAGACACUGUGUGAGGCUCUGAGAAUACAGACACCGUCAGAUCAAAACAUCCUGCCUUCCUGGAGUUAAAACAGCACCCCUCCCCUUGGAGAGGCCACACGGGUGACAUAGGGUCCGGGGUAGGACACAUGACCACCUCUCGCCUCCAUGGAAAGCAGACCAGCACUGUGAGCAAGACCAAGAGCCCCAUGCUUGCUUUGCAGGAUGUCAUGUGAGCCACACAGGACAGUAGUCUAAGUGGCCUCCCCACUUCCCCCUUGAGCACCUCUCUAGUGUGUCUUGAGGGUCAUGGUGCAAGCAAACAAAACCCCUAGAGACGUGGAAGGCCAAACCCCAAGCAAGCAUGAAUUUCCACCAUGGAAAUCCUGAGGGCCCCUCUUGGAUGCAAUAGGAAGUGACCCCUUGGGUUUCCUGGCAGCUUGUCUCCAUGGCCAGUAUCCAGUAUCCACUGGUGACAUAUCUUUUUUUUUUUUUUUUUGAGACACACGGGAUGCCUGUUCCCUGGCAUAUGCCAUGCUUUUGGGAAGCUGGGAGGAGGUGAGGGUGUGAGAAACAGGUCUACUGCUUUCCCAUAGGUUGGUUGGUUCUUUGGUCAGUUACCAAAGAGUAACAAAGAGAGUGAGCUAGCAUGUCCAAGAAGGAGUAUUAGGACCAAACCUGUUACUGUUUCUGAAGGAACUAUAGUUUGCUCCCCUUAUGACAUUUUUAUAUAAAGUACUGUAAUUCUUGGGGGGGGGGGCAUGUGAUACAGACAGACUAACUUCGUGUUUUUCACUUGCAUUAAAAUUAUUUUGGGUCUCUGUUUCAAGAGUU